CAGUCAGCGAUAAUGUCGAAAGUAGAGCAAAAGAAAGAAACUAAAAAGUACAAGUGGGACAUCGUCUGGUUGAACGUGGUGCUACUGGGGGUGUUACACAUUUUAGCAGUUUAUGGAUACACGCAGCGAUUCAAAUCGAAAUUGCAAACAUUGAUUUUUAUCAAGACUUUUCGAUUCUUGGCAAAUUUAGGGGUGACGGCAGGUGCUCACAGACUAUGGAGCCACAGAAGCUACAAAGCCAGCUUACCGUUCCAAGCUUUACUCGCAACAAUGAUGACUUUCACAUACCAAAACAGCAUCUACAUCUGGUGCAGAGAUCACAGAUUGCAUCAUAAGUACAGCGAAACGGACGCCGAUCCGCACAACGCGAAAAGAGGGUUCUUUUUCAGUCACGUCGGAUGGUUAUUGGUGAGGAAACAUCCAGACAUUAUCGAGAAGGGAAAAACCAUCGACAUGUCGGAUUUGAAAGCGAACCCCGUGGUCAUGUUCCAACACAAGUACUAUCUCUUUCUGGUUACGCUUUUGGCGUUCGUCUUUCCAGCUUUCGUCCCUUGGUACUUUUGGAACGAAGAUGGAUGGAAUUCGAUAUUGGGUUCCGUCGCGUCGUAUGUCGUCAGCGUGAACUUGACGUGGUGCAUCAACAGUUUGGCUCAUUUGUACGGGGAAAAACCGUACGACAAAACCAUAGGUCCGACGGAGAAUACGUUAAUGAGAUACAUCGGAAUCGGUGAAGGCUUCCACAAUUACCAUCACACGUUCCCAUCGGAUUACAGGGCUUCAGAAUUCGGAUUCGAAACUAGGAACAUCACGGCGGGAUUCAUUGAUCUGAUGGCCGCAUUAGGGCAAGUCACCGAUCGCAAGACUACGCCGAAGGAUAUGAUCGAGAAACGCGCAACGAGAACCGGAGACGGUAGAUUUGGUACACAAUUUUAUAACAAUCUCAAAUCCAUGGC